UCGAGUUUGUUUACAAUGUGGAGAUAACGACGUGAAGGUAUUCAGGAAAGUUUGCGUUGAAAUGGAGCGCCCAAAUAAUUCCAACAUGGAUAUAUCAGAGUGUCCAUCGGACACGGCUGAAGCUGGAAAGGCCAGUAUGUGUGAAGGAUGUCCAGGACAGGCCUACUGCCAAUCACAAGGUGGAGUAGAUCCAGACCAGGAAGGAAUUGAUUUACGUAUGGGAGCAAUCAAACACAAGAUACUGGUGCUCUCCGGAAAGGGAGGUGUAGGAAAAUCUACAGUCGCCUCUCUGCUGGCAGGAGCUCUGGCUUCAAAGUCACAGAAAGUGGGAGUGGUUGACCUUGACAUUUGUGGUCCCAGCAUCCCUAAGCUACUAGAUGUAGAAGGGAAACCCAUUGUCAAUUCUCAGUUUGGAUGGAAACCUCUUAUGUCCCCUCAUUACAACAUCAAAGUGAUGUCUGUCGGGUCACUGUUAGCAUCGGACACCAACUCUGUUGUGUUCAGAGGACCACGCAAAUCAGGUUUGAUAAAGAGGUUUAUAAAGGACACAUAUUGGGGCAGACUGGACUUCCUCAUCUGUGAUACACCACCAGGAACCAGUGAUGAACAUUUGACAGUAAUAAAGAUACUCAAAAAUGUUAAACCAGAUGGAGCCAUCAUUGUUACCACACCACAGGCUGUCGCCUUGGCAACCAUUCGUAAAGAAAUCAAUUUCUGCAAAAAGAUGGGUGUCCGGAUCCUUGGCUUAGUGGGAAACAUGGAGAGUUACAUAUGUCCAUGCUGUGGGGAAUCCAGUGAGCUGUUUCCGUCCCAAGGUCUGGACAAUCUGGCUGCUGAGUUCAACAUUCCAAUCAUAGGCAGACUUCCUCUAGAUCAGGAGGUCACAAAGAACUGUGAAGUGGGCAACAACGUUAUUGCAGACUUGCAGACAUCACCCAUCAUCAUAAAAAUGCUGAACAUGGCCGAGAACAUUAGAACUGUAGUGGAUGACUUAACAUAAGUCAUAUAUAUAUGGAGUCACGUCCAAGGCAUGUCUCAUUUACUCAGUCAAAGAUUGUACAUUAGUAGCCUGACACACACUAAAACAAGGACUCAUGUCUAAAGAUGUACAGAGUUAUGGGCCUUUGAUCAAUGACGACCCCAUAGGUAUCCUGUACAUGUACAGAGUUAUGGGCCUUUGAUCAAUGACGACCCCCAUAGGUAUCCUGUACAUGUACAGAGUUAUGGGCCUUUGAUCAAUGACGACCCCAUAGGUCUCCUGUACAUGUACAGAGUUAUGGGCCUUUGAUCAAUGACGACCCCCAUAGGUCUCCUGUACAUGUACAUAGUUAUGGGCCUUUGAUCACUGUUGACCCCCAUAGGUCUCCUGUACAUGUACAGAGUUAUGGGCCUUUGAUCACUGUUGACCCCCAUAGGUCUCCUGUACAUGUACAGAGUUAUGGGCCUUUGAUCACUGUUGACCCCCAUAGGUCCCCUGUACAUGUACAGAGUUAUGGGCCUUUGAUCAAUGACGACCCCCAUAGGUCUCCUGUACAUGUACAGUUAUGUGCCUUUGAUCAAUGACGACCCCAUAGGUCUCCUGUACAUGAACAUUUAUGGGCCUUUGAUCAAUGACAACCCCAUAGGUAUCCUGUUCAUGUACAUAGUUACGGGCCUUUGAUCACUGUUGACCCCCUUAGGUCUCUAGGGGGUCAAUGUUACUGUGUUGAUCUUCAAAUAAGCCCCCUCCUCUAGUUUAGCAUUUUAGUAUCAAUGUUUGGGGAGGGCUUAUUUGUGAACCAGUUUAGCAUACUAUAUCAAAUUUGUUGUUUCUUCAAAAAUGUUAUUUGUGGACAGGGUCUUAUUUGUGGGUAUAUAUGGUAUAUUGUACAUGAUUUACUAUAUAUAUCUAGAUGAACUUUAAAUUAAUAAUCAUCAGUGUUUUCAAUAUAGCAUGUGUAAGAUAGAGAAGGGAAAAGUCACCAAGUCCUCCUCCAGUUCCUAUAUGACAGAUAAGGAUGAUUUAUAUAUAUAAUUAGUAAACAGGAAGGACCAGUUGUUAUUAUUUGUCCUGAUGGAGGCUUUGAAGGUUUUGUUACGACUCCUGGGAUUGUUUGGAAUUCUAUAAAAUGUUGGAGUGUCCACUGUGGCUAUUGGCACUGGUCUGCAGCUAGUUAAAUCUGUUUAUAUCUUUUGGAGAUUCUCUCCUGAUAACAACUGGUCUGUGAUUAAUACAAAUAUAUAAACAGACCUAGAUCGCUAGAGAUGGUCAACAUUAAUGUUGUACGGCAGUUUGUAGGUCAACAAAUCUGCAUAUAGCAAUUUGUUACUAGACAAUAUGUAUUCAAUUAUUUGGUAUGUUUGUAAUAAAAUGGUUUUAAUAGACAAUAUCA